AUGGCGGCCCAAGGCAGCGGCAGCGGUAGCAUGGCGGGGAACGAGCCUGAGGCCUCUGUCACCUAUUACCGACUGGAAGAGGUGGCGAAGCGCAACUCGGAGAAGGAGACGUGGCUCGUGAUCCACGGGCGAGUCUACGACAUCACCCGCUUCCUGGACGAGCAUCCAGGUGGAGGAGAGGUUCUGAUGGAACAAGCUGGUCGGGAUGCAACAGAAAGCUUUGAAGAUGUGGGGCACUCUUCCGAUGCCAAAGAAAUGCUCAAACAGUACUACGUAGGGGAGGUCCAUCCGAGUGACCGUAAAGCUGAAGGAUCUGAGGAUUUUUUAAAAAAUUCAGUGUGCAAAAGCUGCUGGUCAAAUUGGAUUAUCCCUAUCAUGGGUGCUGUUCUCUUAGCUGUCAUGUAUCGUUUUUACAUGGCAGAAAGCAGAUUGUCCUGAGCCAGCCUCUUUGGAACCUGGAAAGUUAACAUUAGAGAGAGAAAAAACUUGCAGGCCUGCUCUGAUAGGACUGCUGGAUUCCCCCCUCUUUGAAUCCUGCCAAUUUUAUUGCCCCCCCCCCCCUGCUAAGUCGAAAUGGGGAAUGCCAACCGUCCACCUCUGAACUGGGAUCAGUACGCCUCAUCUUACAGUUGCAAUGCCUUACUUACCCUCAGAGGCAUCAUAAUCAUUCAGCAUUCCAUUCUCUAGCUUGUUUUUUCUUCCUGGGGUUUUUGUAAAUAACUCUUAAUACCAUAAUUUUUUGUCAACUUGCCCAGGGAAGUAGAGAAAUGAUUUGAGUGUGUAUAUGUAAACAAUUUUGUGCUCUUACAGAAAAAAAAUACAGUCUGUUUUGCAGUGUCUUCAAUAAAAAUGUCUGCCUCUAGCACUUUGAACUUAAGAAUAUCCAUUCUCAAAAGAAGGGCAGCAAAAUACCUGGUUUUGAGGAUGAGAGAAUAUUUAUUCUUUUUUUCUUAUAUUAGUAGCUACUUUUAAGCAAAUGCCAAUUUUUUAAAAUUAUAAUUCCACUAAUUUUGUUAUUUAUCUUAAGUUGAAGUGCAUCACUACUGUUAACCUAGAGCAUAAUUUUCUAAAUUGUCCUUUUUGGUGAUAAUGUAUCCUCAUUUCCUCAUAAGAGUAACACUUGACCAAUGUAAACCAGUUUUUUCUCUUUUAAAGUGGUAUUUGAGAUAAGCUAGUCUCUCAUUUGGUGGACAAGUGGAGUCAUUUAGGCUAUGAUGAUUUAAUAAUAGCCUUGGGGACAGACAGCUAGGGGUGAAGGUAGAAAGGAGUGAUAGUGAUUUGAGGAAACAGUAAGCCGUCCUAUAGCUUGGUACUUAUUUUUUUUUUGUUCUAAUCAAAAACAACAACAUAUCUGAGUUCAGAGAUAGUCUGGUGUGCUUUCUCAGGGUAUUUGUUUAAUUUGGUCUCUUUUGGAUGGAUCCCAGUUGCUUAAGAGACUGUGACUCCAAAUGUGUCCAUGACAUUUGGGAGGGGAAAUAAUUGGUAUGCUAACAUGACAUUUGGAGGUGGGGCUAAUAAGAGAAAAUGUUUAAGUUUAUGCAUCUCUCUUUCACCUCUUGUGGCUCCUAGUUGUUUAUAACUAUUCCUGUUCGAAUAUACUAGAAUAAAAGAGGCAUCCUGUUUUUUUCUUGGUGUGGGUGUUUUUACCUGUUGCUCACUUGUGGUACUUCCUAGGAGCAGAUUGUCCCACACCCUGGACUUUCUCCUUCCCCCCUUGAGAAUCUGUGCACACACUACACUACCUGGUUUCCACUCUGGAACUAUUUUGUUGAUGAUUCCCACCUCUCCUUUGAGAGUUACCCACGUCUGUUUCUGAACAUAGUUAAAGGACCAGUGCCUCAUCCAGCAGGGAAGCAACACCAGCUUUGCCCAUUUCCUCCUUCCCUCCUUCACUCUGCCAGGGACCGACGAGACAGGAAACUGCUCAGCAAACCUGUGUCUGCCCAUAUAAACUAUUUAAGAAAAAGUUCAACCCAGGUCUUAUAUCCUCUGAUUUAGCAGAUGAGUGAAUACAGAAUUCAUCGAAGAGCAUUUAUAAACUUUUACAUGCACAUAUGAUUAUGGCAUGCUAGAUCCCUAAAAAGGUUUCUGGAAGAAUUUUUAUUUUAUGGAUUUCUUGGAUAUGUAUGAUACAGCCUUUCUUUUUGGAAAAUGUAUUAUUAAAAUUAUUAAUUUUAUUUCUUGUUAAAACCCCCUUCUUUAAUAUGUGAGUUAUAGGAUUGAGAAAAUCUUUAAAAUUACUCCUUGCAAAGGAACAUGUUAACUGUUGAUUCCUUUCAGUUGUGCAGGAUAGGAAGGCCUUGGGUAAAGAGAUUGGCAACAAUUAAUGAAAAUAAAUUGGUUUAUCUGGAAAUGCAGGGAUGUUUUUUGCCUUUGGAGGUGGGUGAAGACUUAUGGUGGUGGGGGUGAGGAGACGAUGUGGGGUGGGAGAAGGAAAUGUUCAAAGUAAAAUGAAGCCAAAAGAUAAUAACCCAGAUAAAUUAGAGAAGGACAUUGGCAAUAUUCAGACUUGAAUGCAAACCAGCUGGGUUAUAAGUAAUUUUGCAAAACUAACCUCAUGUAAAAAUGGCGUUUGGAUAUUUUUAGGAUAAAACAAUAAUGUGUUUUUCUAUUUUGUGCUGGACAUCUUUUUCUGUUUAUAUCUGGAAUUGUUCUUCCCCUAAGCCAGAUGAAAAAUUCUUGGUCUUGUCCCCACCACACAUAAAACCCACCCAAACUUUGGGUUCUUUUUUGUACUCAGACUGCUCAUAUGAUAUCUUUAGUUAUAUUAUUAAAACUGCUCACACACACAUUUGCCACCAUAUUAUUUUAUAAACACCUAUGUUAUAGGUAUCUAAGGCAAGAGAGCUCCUAACACUGGGUGCACACUAGCGUCUUUUUAAUGGAUUUGGGCAACAAGAAGGCCUAGAGAACUCCAUUUCUGCUAUAAAUAAAAACUAGAAUUUUAGUCAAUUUUAGCAUCAUUGGAUAGGCAGCAAAAGCCACUAUAAGGUACUGUGAAAUAACUCCCCUUUGGCUCCUAGUGCUCGUUGGCACUGGCCUUUGGGGUAUACUAUUGUUUAUUUUUUAGGAAAAUUGGCUUGGUACACAAGCUACACUGAGUCAGAAGCAUAAUGUCUAGGGAACAAACUUGGGAAAGAGGCGGGGGGAGCUGGUGUCACCAAGAAUAGACACUGUUGGCUGUGCCAGUUGGCAAGUUUUUGUGCCAGCUCCCUAGAAUUCCCUCAUACUACCCCCAGAGGAAUUGGUUUCAGUGACUUCUCCACUUGUAAAGAGAGGGAGGUGAUAGAAACAAAGUUAGUAUUGUAUUUCUCAGGGGGAUAACUUAACCAGAAGCAAAAUCCAUUGGAACCUAUAAUUUCAACCUUUGGAGUUCAUUCCUUUAGCAGAUGUCAUAAAAGUUAAGUAUUGUGAAAUAAGAACAUUGUUGAGUUCCUAUUCACUUGUGAAUAUUCCUAUUCACUGGUGGGGUAAUGAAAACUAUUUUUCAAGCCAAGUAUGUCAUUACAGCACCUCAUGCUUAAAAUCUGAGGUGAUGCCUAUCUCGUUUAAAUUCCAUUUUAGGAGAAGGACAUGACAUAGGCAGAAAAUUAAUACUUGCUCCUACUCUCCUAGGGCAAGAGGUAGUGGAUCCCGACUUGUCCCAACAAGAAUUUGAUUUAUCGAACUAUGUUCCUCUGUAGUUGCCCAACAUCCCCAAACCAUUGGAGAGUUUAGCAGGAUUUGGCCACCUUAACUCUGUGAGAGCUAGGGUUGGAAUUUGCGGGGGUGAUUUGCAUAGAAAUAUUUCUCCAAUUACCUGCUAUGUUCUGGGUUUGGCACCUGACUUCCUUAACUAGCAGCGUUUUCAGCACACAUGUCUUAAAUUUGCCCGACUGGGGGAAAGCAUUAGUAUAACUUAAAUUGCCUUUCUCUAUAGCGUACAUACCUGAUUGACAGAAUGUGCGAUGUCAGCAUCCCUCUUGUGUAUUCAAUAAUGCAGUGUGUUUACCUUUUUAAUGUCAGACUAUUUUACACAAAGAUCUUUGUCUAUUUCUAAUGGGAUGUACAGACAGUGAAUGUUUGUUAGAUUGGACACACAAUAAAGAUACUGUUUCCUUUUUCUUGC